AUGGAAGUUGGUACACAUUUAUGCUCGUUAGAAAUAAGAGAGUUCAUAGGAAACCAACAAAAUAAACAUAGUCAAAUAAGUUGUAAAUUAUUAAAAAACACAGAAGUAUCUCUAAAUUAUAAAAAACAUACAUAUAAAAUGUCAGUUGGAAUUCUAGGUCAGAGAACGACCGGAAAGGACGUUAGAGCGGGAAACGUAAAUGCAGUUCAAGCGAUAGCAAACAUCCUUAAGUCGAGUCUGGGCCCGAAGGGCCUGGACAAAAUGCUGGUGGAUGACCUGGGCGACGUCACAAUCACAAACGAUGGAGCCACGAUGCUGAAACAACUGGAAGUUCAGCACCCAGCAGCAAAAUUGCUGGUAGACUUGAGCGAGCUCCAGGACAAAGAGGUCGGCGACGGAACAACAUCAGUAGUGCUGGUUGCAGCGGAACUGCUCAAAAGAGCGAACGACCUGGCAAAUUCAGGAAUACACCCAACGUCAAUCAUAACAGGAUAUAAAAUGGCACUGAAGGUAAGGAACAUAAAUAAAGAGUACACAGAAAGCGUUAAGUUUAUUCGAGAGAACAUGAGUCUGUCACUGGACUCGAUGGGAGAAGACGUCUUGUUGAACAUCGCAAAGACGACCCUGUCAUCGAAGAUGGUAGGAUUCGACCCGGAGUACUUCGCACAAAUGGUAGUUAAAGCAAUAAGAACAGUGAAGACGGUGAACGACGAAGGAGACUACAAGUACCCAGUAGGAAGAGUGAACGUGAUCAAGGUGCACGGAAAAAGCGCAAAGGAGUCGUACCUGGUUAACGGAUACGCAGUGCUGAUGGGAAGAGCGUCACAAGGAAUGCCGACGAGCGUCAAGAAGGCAAAAAUAGCGUUCCUGGACUUCCCACUGAAGCAGUACAGACUGCACCUGGGAGUUCAAGUCAACAUAACGAAGCCAGAGGAACUAGAGCAAAUAAGACUAAAGGAAAAGGACAUAACGAAGGAAAGAGUUAAGAAAAUAUUGGACACGGGCUGCAACGUAGUGUUAUCGUCGCAGGGAAUAGACGACAUGUCAAUGAAGUACUUCGUUGAAGCAGGAGUAAUAGCAGUGAGAAGAGUGCCCAAAAAGGAUCUGAAAAACAUAUCGAAAAUAACAAAAGGAAAGUUAUUGUUAACGCUAUCAACGUUUGAUGGAGAAGAGGAAUUUUCAAGUGACUACCUGGGAACAUGUGAAAGCGUAGAGGAGAAACGUAUAGGAGACUGGGACGCACUCUUUUUCAACACGGGAGAUGAAAAUAAAGGUAGCAUGAGUAAUGUACAAGUGGGAGACAGUAGUUGCACAAUGGUACUAAGAGGAGCCAACGACUUUUUCAUCAAUGAGUUGGAAAGAUCAGUACACGACGCACUGUGUGCCCUAAGCACAGCAUUGGAACAGAAUUCACUGGUGCCAGGAGGAGGGUCAGUGGAAUCUAACCUCUCGAUACACUUGCACAAUUACUCUAAAUCCCUGAGCUCGAGAGAACAGUUGGCAAUCGAUGAGUUUGCAGAGGCACUAUUGGUGAUACCGAAGACACUCUCAUUGAACGCUGCAUUAGAUGCAACUGAGUACGUAUCCAUACUGAAGUCGUACCACGCAAAAUACUACGCAAACAAGGAUGAAAAUAAGGAUUAUAAGUGGUACGGAUUGUCAUUGAACGACGGAAAAAUUGAAAAUAACUUAAAAAUGGGAGUGCUGGAAGCAACGAUUAGUAAAAUUAAGUCGAUCAAGUUCGCAACGGAAGCAGCAAUAACAAUACUGAGAAUAGAUGAUCUGAUAACACUGGAACCAGAAAAGGAGUUGCCAAACGAAGAUGAUUAA